CUUACACGACUAAUAGAAACGUAAACUGUAAACAAGGCUUAAUUAAAUGUGGAAUAAAUACGGUUAAGUUGGCAGUAUGAAUAAUCUUAAAAAAACCUGCUGCGGCUUGCUACCAACCACCUAAUUAAUUGCAGUUCGUAAUUUUCACAUCAGUUGUAUCACCUGAUUUGCUUAAGUAACCUCACAACACCUGUAACAUAACUUUAAAACCUUCCCUUUACUUUCAUAUUCACAUAAAGAUACAUUCACGGUUCACGCUCACUCAAAAACACUUAGGGAGAAGAGAGAUAACGGUGAAUUGAGCAAGUGAAGUGACAUUUUAAGUAAUCUGAGUUGUUGACUGUUGUUUUAUUCGUGCAUUCGUGUGAAAUUAAAUACACGUAUUGGAGUAUCAUAAAAAUUGAAUUCGUAAAGUAAACAAAAAGAUAUUUUAAUUGGAUGUUAGUAUUGGGAUUUAAGCAGAGUAGGCCUACUUGAAAACAUCAAUCCAAUGUCAAUACCUCUAUUUCCAUCAUUAACACCCAAAAUUGUUGACCCACUGUGGUUUAGUAUAGACAAACCCAGGAAUGAUGAAAGUGAACUAGUUCAGCAGGAACAGGAGCACCAGACUUGGAUGUUGUUUCAGUUAAAUAGCAUUGGUCAGCGUGAUUGUGACUUGGCUCCUAUUGGAAAAACUGCUUCAGAGUGUCAAGAUGAGGAGGAGGAGGAUGAGGAAGAGGAUGAUAACGAUGAUGAUGAGAGUGACACCCAUGAUGAGGAAGAUGAAGAUGUAGAUAUGGAGUUGUCCUACGAGGUUUCAGACAACAGACAGAUGGCACCUCCAGCAGAUAGUAGUGUUUAGUUGACUCAUUUAUAAAUCUUCUGUAUUGUUUUGUAUAUUUUUAUUAUAUUUAAAUACAUGUAAUAAUUUAUAUUUUGA